CAAGUCCUGAGUCCUGACUUCCUCCUCUGCUCUUUGCGAUGCAGCAGCGUCCCGUCUCCACAAUCCCUCCCACGCACCCUCCUGCCCUUGACUCUUACGGAUCGUAGGAGGAGGGAGAGGAGAAGCCGUAUUCUGUUCCUAUUUUGAGGUUGCAGCGACCGAUAUCUCUGCUUCUGACUGUGUGUUUACCGCGCCAUCCCUCCGGACUGUUUCUCCAUGCCCGUGCCGCAGCUGAGAUGGGAGACGUAAGUGCACCAGCGUUUGUCUGGCACGUGAACGGCAGGUCUCUCUGGCGGGCCAUCCCAAGCACGGGAUGCUGAACGGGAGCCGUGAGGGUUUGUUUGAACUGGGCAGGAAGCUCCAGCAGGAGGGAGACUCCCAAGCUGCUCUGCACUGCUUUUUGAGCUGCUUGCUGGGACUCACACAUGUGCAGAGCUUCCACUCGCUUCCCAACUGCCUGCAUCAGAUUGCUGAACUCUACAUUGAUGACAAGAAUUAUGGGAAAGCUCUGCAGUUCAUUCAGGCAGAGAAGAUGUUCUACGAAGUGGCAUUGAUCGAGCUCACCUCGCUGCAGGCCAGCACAGGGUCUCAGGAAGACGGAACAUUGGGAACGUCAGGAUGUCUGUCUCAAGAGGAGUUAUCAGAACAGGCUUCACAGGCCCAGGAUCUUGAGAGACUGGCUCAGCUCUGCGUCAUGAGCAAAAGACCCCACCUUGCUUUAGAAUACAGUGGCAAGGCCACUAAAAUCCACCAGAGGGCUUUUGGUAACGAUCACCCCAUCACAGCCCGGAGUCUGGAGCUGCUGGCCACUGUCUAUGCUGAGAUCGGCAAAACAGAAUAUACAAAUUCAUUGGGAGAGUGUGUGUCGACUCUUUCCAAAAGGUUCUCAGCCACCGAGUCAUUCAGCGAUGCUUUGAGUAGCAUCUCUCAUAGCCAUAAAGACAGACACUCUGAGCUGCGACACAGAAAAGAGCCAUACAUACAACAGGAAACUCCUAAAACGAAGGUCAUAAAUGAAAAACUGCCCACCUCUAUUCUGAAAAGGUCCAAUGUGAGCAAUGUGGAGUCAGACUCAUCGCGCAGGCGAAAAAGCGAGAGGCGGGUUCGCUUCAGAGAGCCGGAGAUCACUGUUCAUGUCUACGACACCCCCCAGAGCCGUUUGCACCUGGCCCUGCUCACCUGCCUGUUCCUGCUUCUGUCUGCGCUGGGUCUAGCACUGUACUGCACGGACCGCCGAAGACCCCAGCGCACCUGCGAAGAGCUGCAGACGGCACUGGCUGUGUACCUGCUUCAGUUCAAACAGAUCGUUUGGGCCUGCUGGAUCUGGCUGACCAUGCAAUGACCAUAACUGACCACAGGGGGCAGCAAUGGGCAGGAAAAAAAAACACAUAAAAGGUCAGGAUGUUUUUUGAAGGACUGUGGAGGAAAAAAAGAUAAAGGUCCUCUUGUUUUUUUUUUUAUUGCUUUUCUUUCACUGUUAUAAUCAGACUGGCCACCAGU